AUGUGGAAUUUUGAUUCUGAAGGGGAUGAAAAUGUUGAAGUGAACAGUGAAGAUGACCAAACAAUUUACCAAGAUGCCGGGGCAUAUAGCCCAGGCCAAUUUGGAGACCAAGACGAUACUGUAUUGAGCAAGAAUGAUACACCACCUGAAUAUGCAGCUACGAAAACAAAAGAUGAACCAAUACCUAAUUCAAAUAAUAACUUUUACAACUAUAUGGCAUUAUCGAAAGACGCCUCCACUUAUGAAUUAGAGAAGUUUCAAUCGAGUAUUCUUCUUAUUUUCAAUCAUGUAAAGUUCAUCGGUCACAGCGAAAGGCUGGGUUCGGAAAAAGAUGUUGAAGCUUUGACAACUACAUUUCAGAAACUAGGAUUUCAAGUACUACCAACAUUUACUGACAAAACGGAAGAGGAAAUUAAAACAAUAUUGAAGGAAUUUACAAGCCAAGAUUUGACUAGUUAUGGUUGUAUAGCGGUGGCUGUGCUCACUCACGGACAAGAUAAUGGUAUGCUGUUGGCAGCAGACGUCUCAUACCCUGAACAAAUGAUCGUGGACUACCUGAAAGUACAAUGGAAUCCGUCAUUGAUUACAAAGCCUAGGAUUGUAAUUAUCCAGGCUUGCAGAGGCGAUGGCGAUAUAUCCGGUGUUAACGUAUUAGAACCUCAUACAAUGAUUUUUCGUGACAGUGUUAAGAAACCUGAACCUUACACUCUACCCAUGGAGUCAGAUAUUUUGGUUCUACAUAGUUGUUACGCCGGGAACCCUGCUCACAGGACAAUGAAAGGUUCUUGGUUUAUAAUGACUCUCUGUGAGGAAAUAGACAGACUUGCGUGUAGUCUAGACUUGCAGUCAAUUGUAACAGUGGUCAAACGUAAAGUCGCUAUAAACAAUACUCAUCCGGUAUACAACACACAAACCAUGGAACAUCAGAACAACAAACAAAUGCCUGUGUCGACCUCUACGUUUACAAGGAAAUUGUUUCUAAGAAAACCAAAGAAGGAAGAAUUGGAUGAAUCAAGAGGGUUAACCCAAGUGGACUGCGUCAACAUUGUGGAGAAACUGGAAGAAACUUCCAUCACAUCCACCGGUUGUGACUGUAGCUUGUCCCGCUUCGACUCCAUGGUGGAAUGCUUAAAAAAAUAUUUGAACGAUCACCGUGACGAUCAGACAGCUACAGAUUUCCUAGCUCUCUGCACUACAAGUGAUCCACCAACGGCAGAAUCGAAGAGUCUUAUUAUAAAGAUGGUUAGUAGACAUUUAGCAAGUAAAUUAAAUGUUUCUUAUUUACAAUAUUUGUAUGACCACGAUAAGGAGACGGAGUCACCUUAG